CUGUGCGAUGCACAAGGUGGAGUGAGGGGCAGAACAUACCCUCUCCUCCUUCACACCCAGCUGGCAUUUCUCAUACAGGGCACCAUGGACCCCCUGCUGCCUCCUCUCCAUCACUCCCCACUCUCUGUUAUCACACAUGGCACCCAGCCCUCCUCCCCCUCACUCACACUUCCCAGAUGGAUUACAGCCUCACAGGAUGAGAAGAAGCUCUCCUCCAAGCUCUGUCAUUACACCCGAUUCCAUGGGCUGUAGGCUGCGCACAAGCUUCGGUGUCCUCCUCUCCAUGUCCUGCCUCUGGUUAGCGAUCACGGCCUCUUAUGCCAAGCACAAUGUUCAGAUUCCCGACCUGUCUCCGCUGUGGCCUCCGCACUACCAAUACUUCACAGACAGCAGCCAGCUGCCAGUCAUCUCUGGGGGUACCUGUCGGGUGGUUUCGGCCCAUCGUUGCUGUAACAGGAACCGUAUUGAGGAGCGAUCUCAGACGGUGCAGUGCUCCUGCCUGCCGGGAAAAGUGGCUGGGACGACCCGGGACAAACCUUCUUGUGUGGACGCUUCUAUCGUGAUGGGGAAGUGGUGGUGUGACAUGGAACCUUGUCUGCAGGAAGAAGAAUGUCAGACCCUUCCUGACAACUCUGGCUGGAUCUGUUUCCAGGGGGGCCGCGUAAAGACCACCAAGAUUCACCCAAGAUACUGAAUACUGGAGGAAUGAUGUCAAACUAAAAGAUGGCGGUUCUGGAAACCUUCCACCCUUGGAGCAGUCUAUGGAAGAAUGUGGCAUGGGGAAGUAGUCGCUGCUGUUUGUAUGAGGGAUAC